AUGCUGCGGCUGCUGGCGGCCCGCUGCGCCCGGGGCCCGGGGGCCCGCGGGGGGCACGGCACCCACUGCCCCCGGCGCCCGGCCUCCGACGCCCCCCGGAACCUGCCCCCCAGCUCGGACGCCGUGGCGCGGCCCGUGGGCGUCUGCUCCAUGAUGCGGCUGCCGGUGCAGGCCUCCCCGGAGGGGCUGGACGCCGCCUUCGUCGGGGUGCCCCUGGACACGGGCACUUCCAACCGGCCCGGGGCGAGAUUUGGACCCCGGCGGAUCCGAGAAGAAUCAGUGAUGCUUCGGACAAUCAACCCCAGCACGGGGGCCCUCCCCUUCCAGUCCCUCAUGGUUGCAGACCUCGGUGACGUGAAUGUCAAUCUGUACAACCUGCAGGACAGCUGCCACCUCAUCCAAGAGGCCUUUCAGAAAAUCGUGGCUGCUGGCUGUGUGCCCCUGACCUUGGGUGGAGAUCACACAAUCACAUAUCCUAUAUUGCAGGCCAUGGCAAAAAAGCAUGGCCCUGUGGGGCUGCUGCACGUGGACGCUCACACGGACACGAAUGACAAGGCCCUGGGAGAGAAGAUCUACCACGGCACGCCCUUCCGCCGGUGCGUGGAGGAGAAACUUCUGGACUGUAAGCGCGUGGUACAGAUUGGCAUCAGGGGCUCCUCCAUGACCCUGGAUCCCUACAGAUACAGCCGGAACCAGGGUUUCCGGGUGGUCCUGGCCGAAGACUGCUGGAUGAAGUCCCUGGUCCCUCUGAUGGCAGAGGUGAGGCAGCAGAUGGGAGGCAAACCCAUGUACAUCAGCUUCGAUAUUGACGGCUUGGACCCGGCCUACGCCCCAGGGACAGGGACACCGGAGAUUGCUGGCCUCACCCCUAGUCAGGCUCUGGAGAUCAUCCGGGGCUGUCAAGGCCUGAACGUGGUGGGCUGUGACCUGGUGGAAGUCUCACCGCCGUACGACCCUUUUGGUAACACGGCCCUCCUGGCGGCCAACCUGCUGUUUGAGAUGCUGUGUGUUCUCCCCAAAGUGAGAGUCGUCUGA